CAUGAUACUAUUAUUUAAAAUUGUUGUUAUCGUGGCGCGUUUACCAAAUUAGUAAAACCCAAUUGGACUAGAAGUGUCUUGAAUCUUAAGUUAAGGUGUCUUUAGUCGUAAGGUCUGAGAUUCAAUCAAGAUGAGUUAUACAAAUCUGUAUUCGUAUACGGUGGAUGGCUGUCAGAGGGUAAGUUAUUGUCGGACACCCUCGCUAGGGGUUGGACUAUCGGGACGAUAUCGGGAGAGCAGCAACGAUAGAGAUAAUUCAGGGACUGGAGAUGGUUUGAUCAUCUGCAAGAAUCUAAUAAUUGGCUGCAAACCGGAGACAACCGAUGACUUCAGGCCCUUCAUCUUUGAGCCAACAUGGUGUGUUUAUAUACGGGCACAGGACAAUGUGGAUAUGGGGCAUUAUGUGAAGCGUGUCACCUUUCGAAUGUCGCCGCGCCUUCCCCUCCGGCUGCAUGUGGCCGAUGCCUCGCCCUUUGAAAUAACCGAGGUGCUGAGCACGGACUUUCCCGUGGAACUGCAAGUCGAUUAUCUGGACAGUUCGAUGUCCUCCACCACAUAUGUGUAUAAGCCGAACGAUGUCUUCGAUGGCAAAUACAAUGUGGAGUUGCGCAUGAAUUUCCAAGGACACGAGCGCAAGGACAAAAUGUUUUUCAUGAAUCCCCCGAUAACAAUGCAGUUGAGUCUCAAUACGACGACGCCAAUGCCAACUGCGAGACCCAAAGCGAUGAACAUGUUUACCAUGUCCACAGCAAUGCCUUCAACUCCGACGACGAUGAUGAGUGGAUUGCCUGAACCUGUGAAGAGUUCCCGGCAACAGCAACAACAACAGCAGCAGCCUUCUAAACUGAAAUCGGAUGAGCUGGACCUGAAUCCCUACAAGCUGCCAACGGCUCCAAGGCCCAUCUUCAAUGUUAGACUCUCGGCGCUGUCGGAAGUCAGUCCCGACAGGCCACAGUCUCAAUCCCAAUCGCCAUCUCAAAAUUAAGUGUACAUUUCUAUCACGCAUGCUGAAUUUGCUGCACAGUUUUGCAGUCACUGUCGCUGUCACUGUCAUUCGUUUCAUAGGCGCCGCCCAUCGAUGUUGCUACCGGGUUGGCUUUCAAUUGCUGCCGUCUCUCCUGCUCUCCUGCUGCUGACUCUGCAUCUUUUUGUC